AUUUUCAUCUCUGCGCAUCUCUGACGACAACUCACUGCUGGCAUCUUGGAUUUCUACAACCAAGAGAUGAACAAUUUUAGAAAGAUCGAUAUAGAUGCAAUAGAAGAUGAUUAUCUAAACGAUGAUGAUCUCCUCGAGAUUGAUCCAAGAUCUGAGCAGGAUGCGUUAUCCUAUUUCACCUCAUUACAAGCACAAGUACGGGGAUUAGUGAACGGCGGAGACGUCACAAAUGCUCUCGGUCUCAUUCUAGAUGACCCUCCAUAUGGCCCUACAGUCGAUUCAGCGAGGAAGAUUAACACCGACACUGUGAUCCAGAUCCUAUCAUCUACCAGAACAUCUGAUAUAUCCAACGUUAUCAAUAACCUCCAGCCAAAUCAACAGGACAACCUGAUGAAAUAUAUCUACAAGUGCAUGUCUCUUCCUGUAGCUGAGCAAAUUGGUAAUGUCUUCCUCAGCUGGCAUGAGAAGCUCACACAGGUCGCUGGUACAGGUUCAAUCGUGAGAGUGAUGACGGACCGGAAGCACAUCUAAAAGCCCCCACUUGAUACCUCUUUGUUAUAAAUUUAUCUUGCACUUCUUCUAAUUCCAUCUAUGAAAUGCGUUCCGUGUGACACAGUUAGCUAAAAUUAGAUUUCGGAUGUAAAACACUUCUUUGCUGUGCUCUAUAGAGCGCAUAAAUGCGGUAGCCGUUGUCUUUUAUACUACAACUAUCUAAACAGAAAAGAAAUGAAACUAUUCUCUACUCUCGCUCUCACAGCUCUCGCUGUUGGUGUAACCGCUUGGAACGACGGUAACAGUGAAGUUGACUCAAACUCUUUUUCACUCUUGAUUGAGAAGUCUGUUGGCGACGCGGACGAUGAAUUUAACAAGAGCAUAAACACUUCCCUACAGACAGAGAAAUCACCAAUUUUGAACAUCCCAAAGAACAAAUUCGUGAUUAGAGGAAACCAAUGCUAUCAAUCGGUUGGCUUACCUCCGAGGGAUGACCUCCCAGAGAGCCCUUACGUCAAUAUCGGACUUGGUCACUGCAGAGACCAAGAUAACGACGAUCUCCAGAUAAUCUACGCGGGAAACACUAUUAACGUAGGUAAGGAUGACCGCUGCCGGCUCGUCAAUGAUGAUAAUUUAUCCGUUCGCUGUGUCAUUCCCAUUUAAAUUGAAUCAUUUUCAUUCUCAGAUUACAUUCAUUGAUUGCGCCUGCCUGUGACUUUGGACGUAUCAAACUGUCCGAAAUGGAUAACCUUUUAUAUUUUAGAAUGCGUUGCUUUUAAUUGUGAAUAAAGGUAAAUACGCUAUUCAUAAUUAACGAUUACUUUCGCUGAUUUUUAGUUUGAUUUUUAUUCAUUCUCCACAUUACCUUAACCCUAAUGACAAAUUUUUCUCGACUAUAAAAGAAGCUGAAUUGCUCUUGAUAUAAACCAUCCUUCCAAACUAAGUUCGAUGUUGAUGAUCACCCAUGGCAAAGCACUGAAUAGGCGUACAUCCUAACGGAUAAUGUAUUGCUUAAAUGUCUUCAGUCGUCCGGCCAGCCAACCACCUUGUUACAUACAAAGGGACGGCGUACGAAUCUGAAUCGACCUACUAGC